AUGGAUCUUUCAAGCAAUAAGCAUCAACCAAAUGGAGAAGAAAAGAAAUAUAUGAAAAGAAAACUGGUAAAACAAGCAGAAUGUCCCAAGGAAGAGAAGACGAAUAAGGAAGCGGAGGAGCAAGAGUUUGCCAUUUUUUCCCAUUCCAAAGACGAUAGGGAUUGUAAAAGGCAAGAAGAUAUGACACAUGACUCGAGUUUGCUUUUUCAACAUCUUGGUCGGGAUAUAUCAAUCCAUUGUCUUCUUCAAUUGUCAAGGUCUGAUUAUGGCUUAAUUUCUGCAUUGAACAAGAAUUUUCGAUCACUAAUUAGAUCAGGGGAGCUACAUCAGCUACGACGAAAAUUGGGCAUAGAAGAACAUUGGGUUUACUUCUCUUGUGAUUUACUUAAAUGGGAGGCAUUUGAUCCAAGUCGUGGUCGAUUUAUUCAAUUGCCUAAAAUUCCUUGUGAUAAAGUUUUUAUGUUGUGUGAUAAGGAGUCGUUGGCUGUCGGUACUGAGCUUCUAGUUUUUGGAAGGGAAUUGAUGGGUCCUACCAUUCAUAAGUAUGACUAUCUAUCAAAUACGUGGUCAAUUGGAAAAAUGUUGAAUACUCCAAGAUGCUCGUUCGGUUCAUCCAGCCUUGGAGAAAUUGCAAUAUUAGCAGGUGGUUGUGAUCCAUGUGGCAACAUCUUGAGCUCAGCUGAGAUUUACAACUCAGACACUGGAAAAUGGGAAACCCUUCCAAACAUGAAUAAAGCAAGAAAAAUGUGUUCGGGUGUAUUUAUGGAUGAAAAAUUUUAUGUCCUUGGUGGAAUUGGAGCUGAUAAAACAACACCACUUACAUGUGGUGAGGAAUUUGAUAUAAAGAGAAAAGAAUGGCGUGAAAUACCCAACAUGUUCCCAAUGCCAACUGGAGUAUUGGAGGCACCACCAUCUUAUGGACCACCUCCCUUGAUUGCAGUUGUAAAAAAUGUAUUGUAUAAUGCUGAUUACGCAACAAAGGAAGUAAAGAAGUAUGAUAAAAACAAUAACUCUUGGGUUACCAUUGGAAGAUUUCCUGAGCAAGCCACCUCAAUGAAAGGUUGGGGAUUAGCUUUUCGUGCAUGUGGAGAUAUGCUAAUUUUUCUUGGAGGUCCCAUUCUUCAUUGUAGAGGCAUGUUGGAAAUCAAUGCUUGGGUCCCAAAUGAAAGAGCGAUACAAUGGAAUCAACUUGCAAGAAAGAAAAUAGGGAGCUUUGUGUAUAGUUGCACUGUGAUGGGAUGUUGA